GAUUAAGCAAAGAAUUCCUGUUCAUUAAGAGAAGAAAUGAGAUUAGGGACCCCUGAGGAAAAAGGAAGGAAAACAGCAGGACACGACAAAGAAUGGGAAAUCUAAUUAGACACAUGGAUCCCUGGGCCAACUACUUGUCCUCUCCCUGGCCAAUAAAUGAGGGAGUGUCUAGCUGUCCCCUAGUCUGGCAGGCAGUCAUCAUCCCCAUCAGAGUCUUUGUCUCCCUGGAAGCUGCUGGACCAGAUGGAACCAAAAGCUUCUAAAAGGAUGUACGUCGAACGGAUUCAGCCAUUCCCACUCCUACCCUUCCCUCAGAACCUCAUGAAGUUCCUGGUUUUCCUGAGUCUGUUGACUCUGGUGCUGCAGGAGGCAGGGACAGCAUCUCUCCUAGGAGAGAGAGAAAGAGAAGAGAAGAGCCCUGAGGAAGCUGAUACUUAUGCAUCCCUGCAUGUGGGGAACUAUAGCCUGAGCCUAGAGGACUACAGCGAAGUCAUUGAUCUGAGCAGCUAUGAGGAGCUUGCAGACUAUGGGGACCAGAUCCCUGAGGCCAAAACAAGCAGUCCGACUCUUCCAACAAGAACUAGUCCCACUAGCCCUGUGUUUCCAAGGACAUUGCCGUCACGCCUCACAAUGGCCGGACCUACCACCACUGGACUACUGAACUCCCAGAGCAGUCACGGCCUGCCUACCUGCCUGGUCUGCGUGUGCCUUGGUUCUUCUGUGUACUGUGAUGAUGCGGACCUCGAGGACAUUCCUCCUCUUCCCCAGAUGACCACCUACCUCUACGCUCGCUUCAACCACAUCAGCCACAUCCAGGCUGGAGACUUCAAAGGGCUGACAAAACUGAGGAGGAUCGAUCUCUCCAGCAACUCCAUCUCCUCCAUCCACAACGAUGCCCUUCGCCUGCUGCCUGCCCUGCAGGAUCUGAUCCUUCCAGAGAACCAGCUAGCAGCCCUGCCUGUGCUGCCCAGUGGCCUCGAGUUCCUGGACGUCCGCCUGAAUCGGCUGCAGAGCUCAGGGAUACAGCCUGAGGCCUUCGUGAUGCUGGAGAAGCUGCAGUUUCUCUACCUGGCAGACAACCUGCUGGAUUCUAUCCCUGGGCCUUUGCCCCUCAGCCUGCGCUCCCUGCACCUGCAGAAUAACAAGAUCGAGGCCAUGGAAAGCGACACCUUCUGUGACACCACAGAACACAGACAUGAGCGCCGCCGGCAGCUUGAAGACAUCCGCCUGGACGGGAACCCCAUCAAUCUGAGCCUUUUCCCAGAGGCCUAUUUUUGCCUGCCACGGCUCCCUGUGGGCCGCUUCACCUAGCUGCCACUGGUCCUUGCUUGCUUCCCAGACAGUGCUUGGAGGCUCACCGGGGGAGCACUCUCUCCCUGCACCUAAGAAGUGAUCUGUAGCCCAAGUUCCAGGCAGCCUGG